CUAAUUAAUUAAAAGGAGAAGGCCAAAUUAUUGAGCAUCUCUAAUCUCUCUGCCAAAGACCAAACACACCCAAUCUCUCUGCCAAACCUCACUCACGCCAGUGACAGUCCCACGCCGGUGACACACUGCCGGCGACAGUCCCUCUGCCAACCUCUGUUAAACCCACCAAAUCUCAGCAAACAAUUCUCAACAGUUGAGCCCUAAUUCGCACCAUAAACAACCUCCUCCUUCAAACAAUUGGAAUCAUCCAAUAAGUUUAGGUUUUUUUCUCGAUUAAGCUCCGCUAAUACGUCAAGUUUUCACAGAUCCCUAAUUCUAGAUUUCAUUUCUCACUGAAGAAGAAUUUGCCACUGGUAGCUGUGGAAUAAAUAUCAUCUAUGAAUAAGCAGAGUGAUUUAUCAUAAAUGGUCAACAAAGACUUUGCAGUUCAAGUUUUUGGUGGACUGCUUUUCUUAACGUGGUUUGGAUACAUGAAUGAAGUUGUAAAAGAGUUGGGUAGCUUUCUCGGCACAUUGGCAAGGAAUGGGACCUUUUGUCCGCUUAAUAUAUUUAAUUGGAGGAAACUAGACACAAAAGAUGAUAUGUGUAAAUAUAUCAAGGCAAAAUAUGACAUCCUCGAGGAGGCGAAACCAUGGGUUUUUCAUUCAAUUCAGGUUGCUUGGAGAAAGUAUAAGAAUCAAUUGAAGAAGGAUUACUUUGAAUACUAUGCCAAUGACGAGCUUCGAAUGGAGAAUAGGCCGGUAGAUGUUUCGGAAUCUCACUUUAAGGAUCUUCUUAACUAUUGGAACUCUGAUUCCCACAAGAUUCUGCUAAGCUCUGUUUUAGCUGUGGCCGUGAAGUUCAUUCCAAUAAUCAUCUUUUCACUAAGCAUACACGUUGGUUACUCUGUGAUUCUUCUCCGGCUUCUAUAUUGUGUUGUACGGACAGUUCUGUUUUCUGUCACAACUGUGAUUGGGAAUCUCAUAAUCUGGUUGUUUAUUCCAGUUUUGGGUGCUAUAGAGGACAGGAUGCAACAGAAAAUGGAGGAAAUGGAAGAGAGGAUGCAACAAAGGAUGUUGGAAAAAUUCAAUGCACACAAGGAUGCUUGGGAACAAGAAAUUACACUUAAUGUCGUUUCACAACUUCGACGUAUGAAUUCAGGAUUACAAAUUGAUCCUAACAUGCUGAACUUUAGUGUUCGUUCACCUGGAGAAGCUUUAUCUGCACAACAAAAUGUUAUUCAAUUAAUCAAUCGCCUCUCUACUGAUAGUAACAAU